AUGGCGGCGGCCGAGGUGGCGCGGCAGGUCGGUGAAGGCUGUCGUACUGUCCCGCUUUCCGGACACGUAGGAUUUGACAGUUUGCCUGACCAGCUGGUUAAUAAGUCAGUUAAUCAUGGGUUUUGUUUCAACAUCCUGUGUGUGGGGGAAACUGGCCUUGGUAAGUCCACCCUCAUGGACACACUUUUCAACACCAAGUUUGAAGGUGACCCAGCAUCUCACUCACAGCCCGGGGUCCAGCUGAAAUCCAAUACCUACGACCUGCAGGAGAGCAACGUCAACCUCAAACUCACUAUUGUGAGCACAGUGGGCUUUGGGGAUCAGAUCAACAAAGAGGACAGCUAUAAGCCCAUUGUUGAGUUCAUUGAUGCUCAAUUUGAAGCCUACUUGCAAGAAGAGCUGAAGAUAAAGAGGGUCUUGCACAACUACCAUGACACACGAAUCCAUGCAUGCUUGUACUUCAUUGCUCCGACAGGCCACUCACUGAAGUCCCUGGACUUGGUAACAAUGAAAAAGCUUGACAGCAAGGUGAACAUCAUUCCCAUCAUUGCCAAAUCUGAUGCCAUUUCCAAGAGUGAGCUGACCAAAUUUAAAAUCAAAAUCACAAGUGAACUGGUCAGUAAUGGGGUCCAGAUCUACCAGUUCCCAACAGAUGAUGAAUCGGUGGCAGAGAUAAAUGGGACAAUGAAUGCCCACUUGCCAUUUGCAGUGAUCGGGAGCACAGAGGAGCUGAAAAUAGGAAACAAAAUGAUGAAAGCUCGUCAGUACCCCUGGGGCACAGUGCAGGUGGAGAAUGAAGCUCACUGUGACUUUGUGAAGCUGAGGGAGAUGCUGAUCCGUGUGAACAUGGAAGACCUGCGUGAGCAGACCCAUACACGCCACUAUGAGCUGUACCGGCGAUGUAAACUGGAAGAGAUGGGUUUCAAGGACACCGAUCCAGACAGCAAGCCCUUCAGCUUACAAGAAACUUAUGAAGCCAAAAGAAAUGAGUUUCUGGGGGAACUGCAGAAAAAGGAAGAGGCAAUGAGGCAAAUGUUUGUCCAGAGGGUCAAGGAAAAGGAAGCAGAGCUGAAAGAGGCUGAAAAAGAGCUGCAUGAAAAGUUUGAUCGCCUGAAGAAGUUACAUCAGGAUGAAAAAAAGAAGCUAGAGGAUAAGAAGAAGUGUCUGGAUGAUGAAGUAAAUGCAUUUAAACAAAGGAAGACAGCAGCUGAAUUGGUCCAGUCUCAAGCUCAGCAAGCUGGAGGAUCGCAAACUCUUAAAAGAGAUAAGGAAAGGAAAAAUAACCCAUGGCUCUGUACUGAGUAAUUAUCC